UUGCAUCAUAUUACGCAUUGUAAACAUACGAGAAAUUCGAAGUUGUUUUCUCAAAGUUGGUAAAAUAAUUUGUAGAAAAUGACCAUAUAUUACAGUCUCAUUGCCAGAGAUACGACUGUGCUUGUUGAUCAUUCUGAGAACACCGGGAACUUUCAACAAAUUGCACAAACGAUCCUGGCCAAAGCUCCUCGGCAAGACACAAAAUGCACAUAUAUAUCAGGAAGCUAUCAUUUUCACGUAAUGGUACAAGAAAAUCUCAUCUACAUAUGUAUGACAGAUGAAGAAAUGGGAAAGAGAUUACCAUACAUGUUUCUGGAAGAGAUCAAGCGGCGCUUUUGUGUAGGAAGUCUAAAGCAAAGAGCAAGAACGGCUUUGUCGUAUGAGCUGAAACGAGAUUUUCAACAAGUUCUCUCAUCACAAAUGGAAGCCUUUAAUUCAAGAAGAGAGGGUGGUGCUUCAUCUGACCAAUUAAGCAGAGUCCGACAAGAUGUUGAAGAUGUCAAAGGAGUUAUGACCCAAAACAUUGAGAAAGUUCUUGAACGUGGUGAGAGAAUUGACACUUUACUGGAUAAAACAGAAGAACUUGACUCCAGCGCGAGCACGUUUCGAACGAACGCGGUGCGAGUUCGUCGAAAAAUGUGGUGGCAGAACACGAAGAUGUGUCUGAUUUUGAUCGCUGUCAUUUUGAUUAUAUUGACAGUUAUCGUCCUUGUCAUUCUUGGCGAAACUGGACAUUUAAAGUAGAUAAAUUGACAAAAUAUGACGUCAUGGUCGAGGAAGUAUUAAUUUCAAAAUAUUUAAGACGUUACAAGCGUUGGCAUGCUCAAUCAUUACCAUUAAUCAUAAAAUGCUGGAAAUUUUAGAGCGUUUUACACAGUAA